UGAACUCGAGCUGCUGACUUUAUGUAGUUAGAGGAACUGAACCUGGCAUUGUCAAUUGGACACUAUUUCAUGGCUUAAAAUUGUCUUUUUCUUUCAUCAUAUUUUUCUUCAGAAGUCAUGAUCUUCAACAUGAUCAGAGGGCCUCGCGCUGCCUUUGGCACUUUAAUAGGGCAGGUGAGGAGAGGUGUGAUGACCACAGGGAGCAGAAGACUGUGCAGCAAGCCUCAAGAGGUGGCAUCCGCACCCCACCAGGCACAACGGCUUGCGUUUAAAGUACCAGGCUACCGCCCAUCAGAAUGGGAUAAAAAGAUGCUGGUGUGGUCCAGGCGAUUCAAAACCGCAGAACAGAUUCCAGAGUUUGUGUCAUUUGAGAUGAUUGAUGCUGCCAGGAACAGAGUGCGUGUGAAGGCCUGCUAUGUCAUGAUGGCACUGACCAUCCUGGCGUGCCUCGUCAUGGCGGUCUCUGGCAAACAGGUGGCGAGUCGGAAUGAAAAUCUGACCUCUCGUAACAUGGAGAAGAAGGCUCGAUGGAGAGAGGAGGCACAGAAAGAAAAGGAGGCGGCCACUGCACUUGCAGAGAAAGCCCAGUGAGAUGCAUCCAUCAGAGCUCCCAAGGCCCAUGUCUCAGUGUCACCUGGGAUCAUACAACAGCCAGUUAUUUCAUGUCAAACGCCACACACCAUGGGAACUUCCUUCGCAUAGUACACAGAUUUUUAUAGUAUAUAAAAUAAA